AUGGUUCUCAUCAAGCAGCUCGUGGCCACGGCCGCGAUGGCUGCUCUAGCUCUCGCAGUACCAGCACCAAAGAAUGCACUCGCUAAGCGUUCUUUCACCGCAAAGUCUCACGGUCGCGGUCACGUCGGAGGCUUCGACGAGAUUGCUCGCACCCAUCGCAAAUUUGGCUGGCAGAUCCUCGAGUUCAACGCCCAACCAGCAGCGCGUUUCAGCGGCACCAUUGAGCCGCCGGCACCGUACUCAACCUCAAGCAGCUCUUCUUCAGUUGCUCUACCUGCCUACGCACCACCUGUGAGUGCCGGCACCGCUUCUUCUAGUGCCGUGUACACGACCUUCACCAUUUCUCUCCCGACCACCGCCUCUGAUGGCACUGGCGCUCCGACUCCCACUCCAUACGGCACGCCAAUCUACACCAACACCACCACUGUCAGCCAGUCUGCUACACGCACUGGCUCCGAGGAUGGUGAGGUCACCACCGUUCCUGAGGCCAACGAGGCCGAGUACCUCACCGAAGUCACCAUCGGUGGCCAGAAGCUUCAGAUGAACUUCGACACCGGCUCCGCUGAUCUGUGGGUCUUCAGCGACAAGCUCACCAAGGAGCAGAUUGGCCAGCAUGCUAUCUUCGUUGCAGACAAGAGCCCCACCUUCGAGGAGAUCGAGGGUGCCACCUGGAACAUCAGCUACGGCGAUGGCAGCUCCGCAGGCGGCACAGUUGGCUAUGAUACCGUCGAUGUCGGUGGCGUCACUGUUGAAAAGCAAGCCGUCGAGAUCGCCACCCGCAUGAGCGACAUGUUCCUGAGGGAUCCCAACAUGGAUGGCCUCCUUGGUCUAUCUUUCGGGGUGCUCAGCACUGUUAGGCCAAAGCCGCAGCACACCUUCUGGGAGAACGUUCUUCCUGACCUCAGCCACCCAGUCUUCACUGCCGACCUUGAGGAGACUGACGGCACUGGCACUUAUGAGUUCGGCAACAUCGACCCCGACAAGUACUCUGGCGAGAUCCACUACGUUCCUGUCAACGCCUCCGCUGGUUACUGGCAAUUCCUCAUGCCAAGCUACAAGAUUGGCGACAAGGUCCACGAAUGCAGCGACUGCAGCCCAAUCAUCGCAGACACCGGUACCACGCUCAUCUACCUUGAUGGCCCUCUCGUCGAAGCCUACUACAAGCAAGUCAAGACAGUCCAAUAUGACCAGCUGCACAAUGCGUGGCUCUACGACUGCAGUGAGACGCUUCCCGACCUCGGUAUCGACAUCGGUGGUUACAUGGCCACUGUCAAGGGUGCCGACAUGAAGUACGCGGAGGAGGUUGGUCAGUGCAUGGCGGGUGUGCAGCAGGGACCUGGCAAGAUCCAGAUCAUGGGUGACAUCGUCCUCAAGCAAUUCUUUGCUGUCUUCGAUGGAGGCGAGGAGCGCUUCGGCAUUGCGCUGAAGGACUAG